CCGCCUUCACUCCUCCUCCGCCGCCACCAGCCCCGCCGACUCCGCUCCGGGCUGCGCGUGUGUGGUGGUUAUUUAUUUAUUUUCUAAGCACGCCUCUUGGUUCUUCUUUUAUUCUUGGGGGAAGGGGGAUGGGGAGGAGAAGCGCACACAGGAGCACCCACCCUGGCAGGGAGACCGGGCACCGCGGAAUGGAGCCCCACGCGCGCACUCUGCCGGGAUUAAGACCGAUCACAUGGGAGGGCCGGGGGCGAGAGAGAAGAGGCAGGGCCGCCGAUGUCAGUGCCACCAGCCGUGCCUCGGCGUCCCCGGCGGCGGAAAGGCGGCCGCCGCUGCUGCUGCUGCUGCUGUUGCCGCCUCUGCUUCCCCACACCAAGAGCCACCACUAGUCCGCGGCCGCCGGAGACGUCCCGCCGCUGCGCUCGCCCGCGCUCCCUUCUGCCUCCCCGCGCCGCUCCUUCGCUCACACAGGCACAGCAGCGGAGCUCGGCAGACACAGUCCCCGGCGCAACCUACCCUCCUCCUCCUCCUCCGCCGCCGCCGCCGCCGCCGUCGCCGCCGCCUCUGCCACCGCUCCCGCCUCCGCCUCCUCCCCUUCCUCCUCCCGGCCCCCGCCUCCAGCGCCCCGGCAGCCUCCACCUCCCUGCGGAGCCAGCCCCCCCCACUCCCCGCCCCGGCGUCGAAGCUCUUGGCAUCCAUUGGCUGA